AGAGAGAGUGCUAAGAAGAGCUUGACACUCAAGCUGUGCCUUUCAGGACACGAAACAGUCUGAAACACAUCAACUUUACGCGGCGAGCGUCAAGAAUAUGGGCGUCAGUUGUAGUUAGUCCGCUGUUCGCGUACAUUUUGUAGUUUAAACACUUGAUCUCUUCAUUAAAAUGUGGGCAGUUCCGAAACCAAAAUAUAGAAAUGCUUUGAGCGAGGAAGGGGACAUCACUGUGAACAUCGGUGGAGUGAGAGUGGUGCUGUUCGGGGACGAUCUGAAGCGCUACCCGGAGAGCAGGCUGGCGGAGCUGUCCAACUGCUCAGCCCACAACCCAGAACUUAUUUCCACCCUCUGUGAUGACUUCGACCCGGGCAGGAACGAGUUUUACUUUGAUCGGGAUCCCGAUUCCUUCAAGUGCAUCAUAGAUGUGUAUUACUUCGACGAAAUCCACAUAAAAAGCGGGAUUUGCCCCAUCUGCUUUAUCAAGGAGAUGGAGUUCUGGAAGAUAGACCAGAGUGUUUUGGAUGAGUGCUGCAAAAGUUACCUGAGCGAGAAGGAGGAAGAGCUGAAAGAGAUCGCAAACAAAGUGAAAGCGAUUUUGGAGGAUCUGGAUGUGGAUCAGUGCAUCACCCGCACGCAGAGGUGCCAGAAGUACCUGUGGAGACUGAUGGAGAAGCCGGAUUCCUCCUUGGCGGCGCGCAUCAUCGCCAUCGCUUCCUUUCUCUCCAUCCUGGUGUCAGCCGUGGUGAUGUGUGUGAGCACCAUCCCGGAGCUGCAGGUGAAAAAUGCAGAGGGGAAGCUGGUGGAACACCCGACCAUGGAGGCGAUCGAGACUGUGUGCAUGCUGUGGUUCACGACUGAGUUCGUGCUGCGCCUCGCCUCGUCUCCGAACAAAGUGCGCUUUGCGCUCUCCAUCAUGAACAUCAUAGACUUCAUGGCCAUCAUGCCUUUCUACGUGGUCCUGUCCCUCACUUUGCUCGGCACCACGUCCAUGAUGGAGCUGGUGAACGUCCAGCAGGCUGUCCAGGCGCUGCGCAUCAUGCGCAUCGCGCGUAUUUUCAAGCUGGCGCGCCACUCCUCCGGCCUGCAGACCCUGACCUACGCGCUGAAGCGGAGUCUCAAGGAACUGGGGCUGCUCCUAAUGUACAUGGGCGUGGGGAUCUUCGUGUUCUCCGCGCUGGCCUACACCAUGGAGCAAAGCCACCCGGAGACGCUCUUCAGGAGCAUCCCGCAGUCUUUCUGGUGGGCCAUCAUCACCAUGACCACGGUGGGCUACGGGGACAUCUACCCCAAAACUACCCUGGGCAAGUGCAACGCGGCGGUCAGCUUUCUGUGCGGUGUGAUCGCCAUCGCUCUGCCCAUCCACCCGAUCAUCAAUAACUUUGUUGUGUUCUACAACAAGCAGAAAGUGCUGGAGACCGCGGCGAAGCACGAAGUGGAGCUGAUGGAGCUGAAGUCCGGCGGACAGGCGCGCAAAAAGGGUCAAGAAUGAAAACAAUCAGAACCAGUAGGGGGAAAAAAACGUGUCAACUGACAUCAGAGGGGUAAAGUGACAAUGAAAAGGGUUU